GUGAAAAACUACAAACAAAUCUAGUCGACUCGGGUUUUUUCACGAAGAAUGCUGGAAUUUUAAUAAGCUGAUAUGUUGGCUUUACUUUGCGCCAUGCCUGGUCAGCGUGGACAUAUACGACUGUGUGUGUGUGUGCGCGCGCGCUCUCCGGGCCUGCUAUUUAUAGAUCUUGUAGUGUCGCUUCCACAUUUAAUUUGAUUUGUCAUUCAAUCAAACACAGUGGUCGAUUUCUUUCAAUACCAGUAGACUCUCUAGAUAUAUAAGCGCGAGGAAGAAGCCCAGUUGUCAUUUCAACACUCAACAAUGUUUUAGCUACUACUUUGUUAGACACACAACUAUUGGCCGUCACCUGCUGGUGUCUACAUUCUAACUGAACUGUGAACAUAGGUACGUCGAAGGGCUAUUGAUAGCAUGCUAUGUAUACCCAGAGUUCAAACUUAUAACAAGUAGUCAACAUGCCUAAUUCUCGCCAGCCAGUUCUAACAGGUCAUGACUCUAAGUCGACCUUCAAAAGCAAGGUCUUUGGUGACAUCAGUAAAGGGAGAUCAUUCAAAAUAGAAGACAUGUCACCAGAAGCGAAGAAAGCUAUGCUGCUCACAAAGAUGGACAGCAAAGAGGGUGCCUCUGCCACACAUGGAUCCUUGGCGCACAAUAUCAAAUCCACAAAGAACAGCAACCCUAAGCAAACACUUCCAGUAACUGGGGACACUCGAAUAUCGGGGAAAGCAUCAAUGAAAAUGUCUCCAUUGAACAUAAACACUGCGGACACGUCGCGUUUCCGAAAACAGACAAAUUCAUCUUUCGAUUCUGGGAUUAAUGUCACAGCGCCUUCAAGAAGCACUUUGUCCUACACCGCAAAGACUUUCUCUUUAAGCGACAACAACGACGUCUGUGAUUCAGGCGAAAACAACAAAAAUAACAAUCUGGAAGGUCCUACGCUGCUCGCUGCCGCCCAGAGCGAAAAGGACUUGUACAAACUGGAUGCCGAAACGUCCAGAAAGGUGACAGAUCAAAAUGAUGGUGAUGCUCUGGAGAGCGCUAGGCAAGAUGCUGAAGUAAACAACGAAGAAGCACAAGUCAGCUCUGAUAAAACAUUUCCGAAAAGUUUUGUGUUGGCUCUAGACAAAGCCUUGGAAGAGCAGUGCAUCAGUCGACUUCGAGGGGACAUCACGGACACGGUGGGUCUUUGCGAAACGGGGAAAGUGCGCGCCCUUAAUGGAGGCCGUCUCGCCAACGCCCAGGAAGUGGUGGUGAACGUCUGCCACGACGACGACAAGGAAAUCGUCUUCCACGACGACGACGACGAAACUUUGGACACCGCCAAGACCAUCUCGCACAUCCGAGUCAACAUCUGGAUGGAGUACAACAAAGAUUUUGAGCCCGAGCAUGACACGGUCAGCGAGGUGGACUAUCCAACAGUCUACAGCGAGGCUGACAAGACAAAAGACGAUAAGGAAAGUCCAAAUGUUCUAAAAGCCGCCCCAAAAUCACCCCGAGAAAAAACUCUAAAACCAACGACGAACAAAAACCUUUUGAAGCAGAUCAGGACAGAAGGCCGAGCCAUUGGUAAAGACAGCAACAACAACAACAGUCGUAGCGUGGGAAGCUCCCGAUCCAUAUCUGGUACAAACUUUAGUUCCCGCGCUGCCUCGUCGAAGAAUGGAUCGGUUCUGACAGAAGAUUCCAAGAAAAGCAACUCAUGGUCCAGGAAAUCUGAACAAAGUUUGCGCAAAAUUUCACAGAAGUGAAUAAGAACUUUGAGGAUAAAGUGAAUGUGCUUCAUUUCACUGCAUUUAAAGUCACAGAUGAACUAACAUUUAAGGCUUUAUCUGCUAUCAUUUUAUAGUUUAUAAUGCAAAAGCAUCUGGUAAUUUUGUAAUAUAUAUGUUGUUGUUGUUGUUGUUUAGAAUUAUACAGUAGACAUAAAAUGAGCUUUACUUUUUAUAAUUGUAUACAUAAAAAACUCCACAUUAUUGCUGUAACAUUGCUUUUUUUUUUCUUUUGGCGUGAUAUAUGCAAUUAGUCUAAUGAUCUAUCUUAAUGUCUUCAUUUUCUUGCAGUGUAAUAAGUUCAAAGCUCGUCUCUUGAAAGUGUAAAUUCUAGUCAUACCAGUCAUGAGCUUUGCUCAAGGCCCAGAUGCCGGAAUCAGAAAAUAUGUGUAUUUAAGCCUCUUCUUGGAGAUUUUGUAACAUCGAAUCAGCAUAAUGAGCAGUAUUUCGUAUGAGCUUAGAAUCUUAUUCAAAAUAAUGCUGACCAGCAUACCCUCACUAUAUUAUCUAAAAUGAAUACGACUCUUAACGGAUGUCAAGUGGACAGAUUUAAAUGUAAAGUAAGGUGGGUAAGGUCCUGACUACAUAUUCGGGCUAUCCAGAACUCGAAAGAUAGAUUACGUUACUUAAAGUUAUAAUAUUGAGUUAUCCAUAUUUUAUUCAAGUAGGCCUCACAAUCAGAUGCUUUUUUUCAGACAGGUACCAUCAAAAAAACAGAAUUCUAUUUAGUUUUCUUUCAAAAUACCACAAGCCUCGUUUUGAAAUCAGGCAGCAGAAAGUUUUGCAUCAAACAUAAUUUUUAGGUCAGGUCUAUAAGUCAUGAUUUAAUAAAAACAUUGCCAGUUAGUAGAAUACUUCGGUCUUUCAUUUCACCGGUGCUCUUGUUAACCAUUAUACCAUUAUAUAUUUACAAAAUAACAUGUUCACUAUUUGUUCACCGUGUAUAACACAGCUUUAUGAAAACAUUUACUGUUAUUUGUGUGUAUUCGUUUUGCCCAUUGCCCCCCCCCCGCCCACACAGACACAUACAUGAAAUGUAAAUUUGUAAAAUGUCUGUGACUUGGCCCAGUGAUUUUAAAUCUUAAAAUUCUUUCAAUAAAGUUCAUGUUAUUAAAUCUCUCUCACACAAUGUCAUUUUAGCAGGAGAUCAUUACUGUUAGCAAGUGUUAGUGAAUCAAUACCAGACCUAUAGAGUAACACUAACGAUUCCGAAUAUGUAAAAUGAGACUUGAUUAGUUGUAAAGAAAUAAUUGAAUAGCGCCCUUAAUACUCGCACGCAAAAGUCUACGUUCCAUUCCACUUCAAUAUUUACUGAUCCAAUAAUGAACAAGUCUGAAGGGAACACUGUUCUCUCAAGGAACGGGGAACCUAAACUGUCUUAGUCUUCAGAGACCACGCCCGGCACUGAAGAGUUCCCCAGGUUGUGUUUGGCAAGUUGGUGUUUAUGUAUGACCCAUUGAAUUAAUCCUAAUCAUCGCCUAUAUCGAUCUAGAUACUUAUGUUACCAACGUGUCUUUAAAGACUUGUAAGAGUGCGCUUGUUUAGCUGAGUAGAGUAAAGUCUACAAACAUAGCUAGAUCACGCGGAGAGGCCAAAGUGCUUUGUUGUACUUUAAAAGACUAGAUCUGUGGGAAAAACGAAACUAUUUGACCAAGUGGUGACGAGAGAAGAGAUAAGAGCCUAUUCAAUAUAAAUGGUUUUAGAAAUAAAAGGAAAUAUAUUCCAAAACAUUCAAAAUAAUUUUUUUUAAUGGCAAUACCUCCUUUAUUCAACUUAUUGAGCGAUUGUUUUUCUUUUAAAAAUUAAUGAGUGUUAGAUUUAAAAAUCCUUUUUUUACCCCGCCCCCUUCCCCUUCAUACCAUUGGGGCACCACCCAUAAUCUGUUGACCAUUUUUCUCCAUUCCUCUUUUGCCAGGUUUAUAGUCACUUUCACUGAUAGACAUGUCCAUUUAUUGACGCUGUCCACCAGCAUCGACACUCUCUAUUAAAGAAAAAAAAAUAUGCAUAAGUCAAUCUUGUUUAUUAAUGAUAUAAAGCGAGAACAUUUUCAAUGGGUGUGUUAGUGAGUGAUCAUGGGAAGUUAAAUUACUGUUUCUAACUGUACUUUGUAAAUAACUGAGAAUUUUAUUUGAAGUCGUAAAAGACAUCUCUCUAGUCUUAGCUUUAUUUAUAUUUCAAUAACAAGUGAAUCUAGUUAGUACAUUCAUGACUGACUGCAUGUCGAUCUUGUCCAUCAAAUGAACAUAAUUGUCGCUGUUUACAAACACUUUCAUAUUAUUUAUAUUAUUGUAAUAUAUAAGUAUUCAUCUAUACUAGCCAGAGUCCUGGGAUCACUCAUUUAUUUAUCACAAAGUUUCAUAAUUGGAGGCGACGAAAAACUUGAAAUGUUACUGCUUACCAUGUUCUUGAAACAACUGAGCACUUUGUAACAAUCUCGAAACGACCAGCAGUCUCUUAUAGUUUCAUCGUAUGUUUCGGUAUUGCCAGCAGUGCAGCCAGAAUAAAAUAGAAAAAAAAAUCAAACUUUAAAAAAUUAUCGGUGAUUUUCUAUUUUUAAGUAAAAUAAAAAUAAAUUUUAAGCAUUAACCAAAGAAUCAACAUAUUAUAUAUAUAUAUAUAUAGUUGUGAUUGUGCAUUUGUUUCAAUUAUUUUUUUCAAAUUAUAAAAAAUAUUUUUUUUUUAAACUUGAAUUUGUAUUAUCUUUCAAAACUUUCAUCUUUCAUCAUCAUCAUCAUCAAACUCCAUUUGAGUAAGGGCUUGAGAGGUUCAAAUCCUCUCUUGCAAAAGUACUGGACAGAAACCCUGCUGUCUUACGUAGUGUCACCAAAUAGGUCGAGAAUUUUUGGUUUCCCAGACCUGUCAAGACGGAGAUCGGCAAGUCUGGGGCAGUCAAACAGAAUAUGAGACACGGUUUCCUCUUCUUCCCCGCAGCGGGGGCACCGUGAAUCAAUAGAUAUCCCAAUUUUAUCUAUGCUAUUCAUGCUAUACACUUAAAAAAGAAUGUAUAUAGAUAUGUUAUUAUUUUUGUAAGCGUGUUUGUUACGAAGUAAUACUGUUUAUCUAAUUCUUGUAAGCGUGUUUAUUACUUUUAAUACGGUUUAUCUUUUCACGUUCCUUUAUGUUUUAAAGUUUGAGCAUCGUUAUUGCUGUAUGUAUUGCUGUAUGUAUUGCUGUAUGUAUUGCUGUAUGUAUUGCUGUAUGUAUAUGAGGUUUUGAAAAUAUGUCGAUUUUCAAACAUCUACGAUAUUCAAUGUUUAAGCUAUUAAAUUUAAACAAAGGUGUAAUUAGGCCCAAAAUGGGCAGAAAAAUUAGUAUAGGGCCUCCAGCAAGUCACAGGAUUAACAAGGUGCUGGAAGGACUUGGUGUCACUAUAUUUUUUUGGCUGGGACGAUUGCUCAGACGCCAUUUGACGUCAUGGGCACGCGGAGAAAGCAUUUUAAGAACUUAAUUAAGAUAAAUUGUCUUUAUUUAGCAUGGUCCACUUUAUCUGUGACUACUAUGUGACAGUUAUGUUUUUAUUUAGCAAUGUCCACUUUAUUUUUGACUACAAUGUGACAGUUAUGUUUUUAUUUAGCAAUAUCCACUUUAUCUGUGACUACUAUGUGACAGUUAUGUUUUUAUUUAGCAAUGUUCACUUUAUCUUUGACUACUAUGUGACAGUUAUGUUUUUAUUUAGCAAUGUCCACUUUAUCUUUGACUACUAUGUGACAGUUAUGUUUUUAUUUAGCGUUGUCCACUUUAUCUGUGACUACUAUGUGACAGUUAUGUUUUUAUUUAGCGUUGUUCACUUUAUCUUUGACUACUAUGUGACAGUUAUGUUUUUAUUUAAAAAUGUCCACUUUAUCUGUGACUACUAUGUGACAGUUAUGUCUUUAUUUAGCAAGGUCCACUUUAUCUGUGACUACUAUGUGACAGUUAUGUUUUUAUUUAGCGAUGUCUACUUUAUCUUUGACUACUAUGUGACAGUUAUGUUUUUAUUUAAAAAUGUCCACUUUAUCUGUGACUACUAUGUGACAGUUAUGUUUUUAUUUAGCAAUGUCCACUUUAUCUGUGACUACUAUGUGACAGUUAUGUUUUUAUUUAGCAAUGUCCACUUUAUCUGUGACUACUAUGUGACAGUUAUGUUUUUAUUUAGCAAUGUCCACUUUAUCUUUGACUACUAUGUGACAAUUAUGUUUUUAUUUAGCAAUGUCCACUUUAUCUGUGACUACUAUGUGACAAUUAUGUUUUUAUUUAGCAAUGUCCACUUUAUCUGUGACUACUAUGUGACAUGCUUUAUACAUUUUUAGCUUUAAUUUGUUUACAAACCAAACUGACGAUGUGUUAUAACAUUAUCUUAUAUAGAAACAUGUUUGACAAUAAAUAUACAUUGAAACACAUA